AUGCCCUUUUGGCGCCAGUUUAGGGCUCUUUUCUGGAAGAAUUGGAUAGUUUUAUCUAAGCAUUCUUUCCUUAACAUCAUUAGAUGCUUCGUUCUCCCAGUUGCCUACGGAAUUUUUCUUGCAGUUGCCCAGUUGUUCUUGUUCAAGCCUAACAACUAUGGCAUUGGCAAUCCAAUUCCUGUGUACCGGCUUCAAGAUCGAUUCGAUGGCUCGAUAUCGCUUGUGUGGGCCGAUGGAACCAAUAGCUCAUCGACGAGCGGAGUAACGCCCACAGCUAUCAUCUCUCAUAUCUCCAGCGACUUUAACGACGCACAGCGAAAUGCGAUCCGCAAGGUCGCAAGUCCCAGCGAAAUUCCGUCACAGUGCCCUCAAAACUUCAAUCUUUUCUCGGAAUGUUUUGCAGCAGUUGCAUUCUAUGAUAUCCCUUCGCCAGGCACUGGGCCUAUCAACUAUACUAUCCUAGCAGAUGGGGGACUGGUGCAUAUAGACGUUGUCAAGCAUACGAGUGAUUUUGAAGAGAGAAUUCUUCCUUUGCAGUGGGCUAUAGAUCAGGCUAUCGUUGAGUUACAGACUGGGGUGCAAUUACCAACUCCACUGGAAUGGCCGUUUUCGCAAGAGACAAACGAAGAGCAAAGCACUGAUAUACGUCUAAGUUACAUACGUGGCUUGAGAACGCUUCUGGUAUUGGCUUUAUUCAUAUGUUAUAUCGGCAUCGCCUACCAACUGCCAGGUGCAGUAACUGCUGAACGAGCUAAUCUCGUCACCUCUCACAUGAAAGCAAUGGGGCUCCUUGACUCUGCCAAGGUCCUCUCCUGGUACGCGAGCAUUGGCUUGGUUUACCUCCCCGCAUGGACCAUCGUCUCCCUGAUCUGGCACUUCCGUAUCUUUACCAAGACCUCUGGCGGUCUCAUCUUUGUCGUUCACAUCCUCCUGGGACUCAUAUUAGCAAGCUACUCUUUCUUUGUUGCCGCCCCAUUUGGGAAGAGUCCUCAGCUUGCGGCAGUGGCUUCUACAUUUAUUUCUAUCGUAUUUGCCCUCCUCGCUCUGGUCUUCUCUCGUGCCAGCACUGGAGCCGCUUUCAUCUUUUCCAUCAUUUUCCCUCCCGGGUGGUAUAUUUUUGCAAUCAGGGCAAUAUGUGGAUGGGAGAAUCAUCAGCUCGCCACAAACGUGCUGAAGGGUGAUCCUGAUUCGGGGUUGGCGAUGCUCCCGUUGUUGAUUGCUGCAAUUAUUGACGUCUUCCUGUGGCCCUAUCUCGCUGUCUUACUCGAAAAUAGGCUUUAUGACGCUCGGAACCCUCCAGUCAACCGAAGAACAUUGUUCUCACGGAUAUUCAGACGAAAUUACAGCCCCAAUGAACCGACGACUCGCCUUCCAUCAGAUGUGGCAAUCUCCAUCGAGAACCUUAACAAGACAUUCAACACUUCGUUAUUUCGCUCAAAGAAAGGCCUUGUUACCGCUGUAGCAGAUCUUACGCUUACAAUCCCGAAAUAUGGCAUCUUCGUACUUCUCGGUUCUAAUGGAGCAGGAAAAUCCACUACACUGUCUGUACUAGCUAAUUUGACUGGUCGGACAUCUGGUUCCAUUCGUUUCAACACUGGUGGCGAUGGCGUUUGGACGGAUAAGCCUCCGCCUGGAACCAUGGGAAUUGUUCCGCAAAAGAAUGUGCUCUUCCCAGAGCUUAGCUGUUAUCAGACACUGAGAGUUUGGAAAGCAAUCAAAUGGUCCAAGUACUCUGAUGGCGAUGAAGACAUCGAUCAACUCCUCAAAGAUUGUGAUCUUGGCGCGAAGAUUCAUGCGAAUGCGAAUACACUUUCUGGAGGGCAGAAGAGGAAGCUGCAAUUGGCUAUCGGUUUGGUAGGGGGAUCGAAUAUUGUACUCGUUGACGAGUGUACCUCGGGUGUCGAUCCCCUGUCAAGACGAGCUUUAUGGAGAACUCUCACUUCGUUUAGGGAAAGUCGGACUAUUGUUUUCACGACCCAUUUUCUAGAUGAAGCUGAUCUUCUAGGCGACCACAUCGCAAUCCUUGCAGCACCUGGAAGGCUGGCUGCUCGUGGAUCACCGGUAGCAUUGAAACAUGAUCUUGGUGAAGGCUACACCGUUCAAGUAACGUUUGACGUUCAAAUGCUGCCAGAAAAGAAUCCGAUUGCUUCGGGAUUGGGUGCAUCAGGAGAGGUUCUACAGGAAAUUCGCAGAUAUGCCGAAAAUGUGUCACUCUCCAUUAUUUCUCCUCGACAAGUAUCAUAUCACCUCAAGUCCAAGGACCCUGUAGUCGUCGAGAGUGUAUUGGCGAUGUUGAACGAAAAUAGAGAUGCGUUCAAGAUAGCUUCUUAUGACGUUCUUGGCACUUCAAUAGAAGAUAUAUUCCUGGACCUGAUGCAUAAAGACGAAGCAAAUAAAGCAAUUAUUUCUGGAGAGGCAGAGAAGAACACUGCUAGUGAAGUAUCGUCGGAAUUGGAAUCUGUUCAACCUGAUUCAUUCGCAGCUCCGUUGAAGCUUACCAGUGGUCGUGCCAUAUCGCCACUCCGGCAAGCGUUGACUAUCUUCCAUAAACGAGUACUCAUUGCCCGACGUAGCUGGUUGGCACUUGCCUUAGCAGUGUUGGUAGCAGUCGCAGCAUCCACUAUCCCUUUGGUCUUCAUCCGCGGAAGGUCACCGUCUUGCGUUAAAACUUUCGCUGCGUCGACCAACAUUCCCCUGUACCUACCUGAAUCGUCUAUCGAUCCGUUCUCCCUGGAUGACUCCUCUCGAGUUCUCGAUUCCCCAGCUGGGAUCACAUCUACUCUUGGUAAUACAACCACUAUUUUCCGAAUUAGGGAUGUACCGGACAACUCUACCUUUGUUGACGAUAUCAAACAGAACUUCCGGAAUUUAUCCCUAGGCGGUGUGUCCAUAGACGUUGAUUCGGACGCAGCCUUGAUAGCUUGGGAAGCAACUGCGCCAGGUCUUACUGGUCCUGCAAUGUUGAACCUGGCCUCGAACAUUCUGUAUAACAGGGCUUUGAACAGUUCAGGUCAAAGCUCAGACACUCCGACACUAAUACUUGCAAACUAUGAAGAUUUUCCCCCCGUCGCAGCCGGAACACUGUUUGCUUUGAAGUGGGUAGCGUUUUUCGGUGCAGCCAUGGCUGUGUAUCCAGCCUUUUUUGCCAUCUAUGUAUCGAAAGAACGGCGAUCCGGUGUUCAGGCAAUGCAAUUCUCGAAUGGGUUAUCUAACACUGUUGGCCUUUGGUUAGGACAUCUCAUGUUCGAUUGGAUAUUCUCAAUCAUCUCUGCGACCGUCACGAUCAUCAUUUUUGCUGCUGUAUCCAAUCAAUUCCAUGGGCUGGGCUUGUUCUGGGUCGUCCUUGUAUUAUAUGGGAUUGCCAGCACCUUAUUCGCAUACUCCAUGUCACUGCUUGUAUCGUCUCCAUUAGCAGCUUUCGCGGCAGUAGCCGGCUACCAAGUCAUAAUGUUCGUUUUAUAUCUCGCUGGAUAUCUUCUCACCUUGACGUACGCCAAAACUUCGAGCGCCAACACGAUCAUAACUAUCAUACAUUUCACCUUAUCUGUGCUCUCACCUGUUGCUAGUACUCUUCGGGCCGCCUUCGUUUCCGUCAAUCUGUUCUCCCUUUUAUGUCUUGGAGAUAACUUCACAACUUCCCAAAUUGGGGACAUUCUGCGCUUUGGUGGACCAAUACUAUAUCUUAUCAUCUACUGCUUCGUGCUUAUGGCGAUAUUGGUCUGGUACGAUUCAUCUGGGUCUCUUCGACCUACUCAAGGAUGGUUGCGAUUCUUCCGGGGAUCAGGCAAGCAAGUCGAGGCACCGAAUACAGGAGAAGACGUGUUGAAAGAGGCAAAGGAUGCUUCGGCUUCGGAUGAUUUACUACGAGUUUUGAACGUCUCGAAGACGUUUGGCAAAAACAAAGUUGUGGACAACGUCAGCCUUGGAGUGUCCCGUGACACCAUAUUUGCUUUGUUGGGUCCGAAUGGUGCAGGGAAAACUACUACGUUCAAUAUGAUUCGGGGCGAUAUCCUUCCUGACGCUGGGGACAUUUUCAUCGCAGAUGCUAGUGUCGUCCGAAAUCCCAAGAGAGCACGAUUCUCUCUAGGAGUCUGCCCCCAAUUUACUGCUAUCGAUUCACAAAUGACCGUGCGAGAGCAUCUGCUCAUAUACGGACAAUUGAAGGGUGUAACGAGAGGUGCUGUUUUAGCCAAUGACAUAGCCGUAUUGCUCAAGGCCACUGGUCUCGUGAUUUACGCUGAUCGUUUGGCGAGCAAACUUUCCGGUGGAAAUCAGAGGAAACUUUCGUUGGCAAUAGCAUUGAUCGGAAACCCUGCUGUUGUCCUCAUCGACGAAUUCUCUACUGGAAUAGACGCCAAAAUGAAGCGAGAGAUGUGGAAGACAUUGAGGAACGUAGCCGUCGGGAAAUCAGUGAUCAUAACUACUCGUGAGCAAUGGUUUCUCAGUUACAUAGUAUCACGCUUGCCAACAUCAUCUCUAGCUGUUGGUACGACAGAAUCCCUUUCUUCCCGCUAUGCAACCUACGAAGUCCACUUCACUACCCGAAACCGGGAAGAAGUAGAAAAAGCCCAACUAUUAAUGUCAAAAAUUCCUGGUGCCCGUUUAGCAGAUGACGUCGCGACACGAUUUGAAGUGCCUAUUCAAAGUCCACAAAAUGAUGGUUCGAGUCAGACCGCAGAUGGGACAUCGUUAGCACAGCUUUUCCAUGUUCUUUCAAGUAGCAGGGACUUUUCCGAGCAUACAGUGGAGAAAGCCAGUCUAGAGAGUGUUUUCUUGAAAGUUAUCAGAGAGAAUAAAGUCUUGGAAGAGGAUACACGGACGAAAAGACACUGGUGGCAGCGACAGAGAUGA